AUGGCGACGGGGAGUGUUUACACGUUGAAACUUUUUUUCCAAAGCUUCUCAGGUGGGUAGUUCUUCUGGGCGUCAGUCUGGGGGAGGUUCUUACUUUAUAGGCUGCUGUGCGCUGCCUCUGCUGUCACAGAGCGCACUGAGCCCGGCAGCUGCACGUCUGCUUAUAAAGGGCUAAAUUUACCAGACUACGUUGUUUCCUGAACUCUCACAAUUGGCCGCCCGAGCGGAGCUUAGAGAGUAUAAGGUCUGGAGGACCUCCUUCCACUUUUCAAACAUUUUCAUGAUCUUGGAGCGCAGCUGUGGAGAGGGGCUGAAAAAAGCGCAGAUUCUGGCGCUCCACUUUACGCAACUUUGAGAAGAUUUCAGACUUCAGCCUCCAAACGAUGGCUUUAUCCGGAGUGAUGCUGCCGUCCUUCUCGACGUUCUCAAAUCAGAGAGAAAAAACCUGGGAAAAUAGGUGGAAGGGGGACAUGGACAAAUUAGUCUCCACAAACUGCUCCAUGCUUGAAAUGGUACAGAGCCUGGACAGCAUCAGCAAGAAGGACGACGAGGAUCUGAGUAAUUACCUCGAUCUGGAUUUUAUUCUCUCCAACACGACGGGCUCCGACAGCGCAGGAGAAUACUUUGGCGCGUCCGACCCCAGCAUGUACCCCGCCGGGGGCGCCGCGCCGCCGUUCCCCGCAGAAGACCACCGCUCCCCGCCGCCCCCGUACGGCGCCAGCCUCAUGACGGAGCUCCUCCGCUCCGAGGGAGCCACCGGCUUUGGCGUUACGCGCGCCCCCGGCGCACAGGGGAGAUUCUACGUCAACGCGGCCCACUUCCCCCGCCCGGAGAACAUCAAGGUCGAGCCCCCCAUGGACAGCUACGGGCCCGUCAUGGGCAUGGUCCCGCAGAGCUGCAGCAAGAUCAAGCAGGAAGGGAACGUGUCCUGCAUGAUGUCCUUCGAGCAGCCCCGGGUGGCCAUCUCCCCGCGGGCGGCCAGCAGCAUGACGCCCCCCCUGAGCCCGGACGACCAGGGGGCCACGGACUGCCAGGCGCAGCUGUGCGCGCCCAUGAGCUUCCCGCAGAAGUACCACGCGCCCGCGGCGUUCCAGCACCACGGCCAGGCUCCCCAGAUGCAGAUGUCCUUCCACAACCCGCACUCCGGCUUCGUCAUGUACGACGAGGGGCUGAACCUGCAGCCGGGCGCGCAGAGGGUGAUGCUCACCCCCCCCUCCUCCCCGCUGGAGCUGCUGGAGUCCAAACCCAAAAGGGGCCGCCGCACGUGGCCGCGGAAGCGCACGGCCACGCACACCUGCACGUUCGCGGGCUGCGGGAAGACCUACACGAAGAGCUCCCACCUGAAGGCGCAUCUGCGGACGCACACCGGUGAGAAGCCGUACCACUGCAGCUGGGAGGGCUGCGGAUGGAAGUUCGCCCGCUCCGACGAGCUGACCCGCCACUUCCGCAAACACACCGGACACCGGCCGUUCCAGUGCCACCUGUGCGAGCGCGCCUUCUCCAGGUCCGACCAUUUGGCGCUGCACAUGAAGAGGCACAUGUGAAGGACUCUUUUGUACUGCUGUUAUUUAAAUGCUCCCACUCGGCCUGUUUGCUCUAUUAUGUGUUAGUGUAACGUAGCUGGUACUACUUUGUAGAAAGCUUUGGUGUUUGGACAGCAGGCGGACCGUGAAGGGCUGGCCCCGCGAACCUGACCGAACUGGAAUGCUGUGUUUGACACAAACGUGCCUUUCUCUGGCCGCGCUACUGGAAGUCUCAGAGACGAGUGACACGGCCACACGCAGCCUGACGGGCGGAGGAGCCCGCGAGGAGGCUCCUCACGCACGCGCAGAGACAACGUUUCUUUAAACUGCCUCAGUGGCUGAAGUUUCUCCAGAUCAGCCUCUCUGUCCACGAGCAGGGCUCGACGUCCUGUGCAUUCUGUUUUUUACCUAAAUUUAUACAAUAAGAUAAUGAGUUUUAUACUGUAAAAUGUGUAUUUAUUGUAAAUAUUAAAAGACUGGAUUUGAA